AUGGCGGCUGAUGUACCUGGCUUUGGCACAUCGAACGAAUUUGGAUUAGCUAUUCGUGAAUUGCGGGAAGCAUUACCAGGGGACGAUAGCGUUUCGACUGACGCGGAUGAAUUGGAACGACACGGCUUCUCUUUGUAUGAUUAUCAUCCAGGUGUAUUGCAUUCUGUUGUCGUAUACCCCUUGACGACGGACGAUGUCGUGAAGAUCGUAAAUAUCUCUCGUAAGUAUCGCAUGCCUAUCGUGCCUUAUUCUGGAGGUACGAGUCUUGAGGGUCACAAUCGUGGUCACCCGUCGGGCGGAAUAUGCGUCGAUAUGUCGGGAAUGGAUCGUAUCAUCGAGAUUCACGAGGCGGAUUCCGACCUUGUUUGUCAACCAGGCUGCCUUUGGGUCGAUAUAAAUGAAACAUUGCGACAGAAAGGGAUAAAGCUUUUCUUUCCGCUAGACCCCGCACCUGGAGCUACGAUCGGUGGUAUGCUCAGCACCGGCUGCUCAGGAACAAACGCUGUUCGGUACGGGACAGCUAAAGGGGAAUGGUUCUUGAACGCGACAGUUGUGCUCCCUUCCGGAGAAGUAAUCAAGACUCGAAGUCGGGCAAGAAAGUCGUCUGCUGGAUUUGAUUUAACAAAAUUGUUCAUCGGUGCUGAAGGGACGCUGGGCAUUGUAACUGAAGUUACUAUCCGUCUUGCACCAGUCUUGCCCACCACGGUUGCCGUUGUUCACUUUCCAGACGUAAAGAAAGCCACGGAAGCCGUCAUUGAAGUCCUCAAUCAAGGUGUUGGCAUUCAAUGUGUCGAGCUUCUUGACGACUUAUUCAUGGCGGCUACGAAUAAGUACGGGAUGUCCAUGCGCAAGUGGCCGGAGAAGGAUAGCCUCUUCUUUAAAUUUCAGGGACAUUCGGCCAAAUCGUUGGAUGAGACGGCUGCCGUUGUGAAGAGUGUAGUCGAAAGGCAUGGGGGCUUCGGCUUCACACUUGCUAAAGACGAUCAAGAAGCGACGUCUCUGUGGGCAGACAGAAAGAAUGCUCUUUUCUCUGGGCUUGCGUUGCUGGAAGGUGAUGAUGGGAAAGGAUGGAGUACAGAUGUUUGUGUGCCACCGUCAAAUCUACCACAACUUGUCUACGAGACAAAGCAGGACCUCUCGGAAAUAGGUUUGAUUUCGACAAUAGUUGGUCAUGUCGGCGACGGAAACUUUCAUGCUCUUCUGCUAUUCAAAACAGACGAAGAGUUGGAGAUCGCGAGGCACGCUGUUCAUAGAAUGGUAAAGCGGGCAAUCGCUCUCGAUGGGACAUGUACCGGAGAACACGGUGUUGGUAUAGGAAAGAAAGAGUACUUGUACGAAGAGCUUGGCUACGGAACGGUUGAGUUGAUGAAGACCAUCAAGCGGUCUAUCGACCCACUCGGCCUUUUCAAUCCAGGAAAGCUUUACCCCGAUGCACCAGGUGUUGCAACGAAGGCUGACCCGCGCUCCACAUAG